GACCAGCAAUAGCUACAAAUCCUGAUAAAAGAUUGAAUGUUCUACAGUCUUUUAUCGAAGAUCCGCAUAAUUCAGUUCGCAAAGUUGCACAACAACACGACAUCGAUCCUAUAUGAAGCUACUUUUGAGCUAAUCGGGAAUGUAAAUCGACAUAAUUGUAGAUAUUGGAGCGAUGAAAAUCCUCAUUGGAUGUACGAGGCACAUACUCAGAAUCAGCAAAAAGUCAACGUAUGGGCUGGAAUUUUAAAUGAAGCCAUUAUUGAGCCUUUCUUUAUUGAAGGUAAUUUAAACGCUGACAAUUACUUAGCCAUGCUUCAAGAUGAAAUAGUUCCGGCAAUCCGAAACAUCGCUCGUCAAAACUUCAAUGACAUUUAG